GUGACUAUAUGUGACAUUUGCUCCACCUGCCACCAAGUGAGCCCUACCAACAGGACUUGAGGAACAGCACUAGCUUUAGAUCAGCAGCUCAGGGGUCUCACGUUUGGAGGGCGUUGAUGUGGGAUGCAAUGCAGAAUGUUUUGAUGCAGAUUGCGGAAAUAACUUUUUCACAACUUUUGGUUGCAGCUGGAGAUAUGUGUGUUUUAUGUGAAGCCAGGAGAUUGGUGUUUGAGCACUAGUUAUUAGAAAAGAGGAAGUGCAGGUAGAAAAAAUGGAGGAGCACAAAACUGUCAACUUCAUGAGACUCCUAUCAGAUGACAGCACUCACUCCACUGUGUCGUCGGACUCCUGUGAGUACUACCAGACGGAGAUAUUUGAUCUGCUGCCCAGUAUCCAGGCCAGUCGGCCCGAGCAGAGCAGAAAGCCCAGCGAGGCCUACCAGGAUGGCCCCGUUCCUGGGGAGGAGAGCGUCUCUGGCCACCUGUCCAGUGGACCCAGAGAUAAGGCCCCCACACAGCCACUCAGGAACAUGGUCAUCUGUAUUCAGGGGAAGAGAAGCGCCAGGGAAAGGAGGAAGAUGCAAAUCAGCGAGUCCUGGAGGCGGAGCCAGAGCAUCAACAGGAAGAGGGUUUGGGCGCAGAUUGGAGGAGCUUUAUCAGGCCUUUUGCCAUGGCAACACACUCUCCACGCCAUUGAAGGCAGGUUUGGAGUCGGCGUGAAGGCUUACUUUGUGUUCCUCAGAUACCUGGUGCACUUGAACCUACUUCACUGUGUUCUCAUCUGCGGCUUCAUUCUGGGGCCUACCAUAUUUUAUGGCAGCAGCAAAAGCAGUGAACCUCUGAAGUUUGGAGGCAAUGACUCAGUUUUGGACUUUUUCUUGGGAUCGGGCUACCUGGAUCGUUCUCCGGUCUUCUAUGGUUUCUAUACUCGUGGUUCCCUGAAUAUGCAGUGCUUGAACACACCUCUGCUGUACCUCGCUGGAAUCCUCACCAUCCUCUUCCUCAGUCUCAUCCUGGUGGUCCGUAGGACGACGGUUGGCUACAAGCACACCUGGAUGCUCGGGAAGCGUUACAGUAUGAACGUGAGCUACAAGAUAUUUUGUGGAUGGGAUUUCACGAUCCAGGACCCUGCGGCUGCCGCUCUCAAACACAGCUUCAUAAGAAACGAUCUCAAGCUGUUUCUGGAGGAGCAGAGUUUCUCCCGGCGCGAGGCUCAGAGGACACUUGGACAGCGGGUGCGUCUCUACCUGCUCAGGUUCUUCCUCAACCUACUCGUGCUGGCUCUGCUGGGCGGAGCCUUCUACCUCAUCUACUUCGCCACCAAAACAUCGCAGGACGUGAUUGGACACCACUGGUUGGUCAGUCUGGUCCUCGAGUACCUCCCUCCCAUAGCCAUCAGCUUCAUCAACCUGCUCCUCCCUCACAUCUUCCGCAAGAUCUCAUCUUUUGAAGACUACUCUUUCACCAUGCAGGUCAAUGCCACGCUUGUGAGGAGCAUCUUUUUAAAGCUGGCUUCACUGGGGAUCUACUUAUUUUUCAUCUUCAAAACAACCAAAAAGCCACAUGCGGUUCAAUGCUUGGAGAACUUGUUUGGUCGAGAGAUGUACAAGCUGUGUAUCUUCAACUUCCUCACUGCUUUUUGCAACGCUUUCUUCUUGAACUACCCCAGGAAGCUGCUGCAUGAGAAGUAUCCCUCAUCCUUUCUGGCCCGAUUGUGGGGAAAACAGCGCUUCCUGGUCCCUUUCAAUGUGUUGGAUCUGGUGUACAGUCAGACUGUAUCCUGGGUUGGAGUCUUCUACUGCCCUCUUCUGCCGCUGAUAGAAGCCGUCACACUGAUGGCCACUUUCUACAUCCAAAAGUUCUCGGUCCUGCGGUGCUGCGUGGCAGAGCAGAGGAUGUUUCGAGGCUCCAGCUCCUCCGUUUUAUUCCACUUUAUGUUACUGCUCGGUCUCCUCAUGGCUGCAGCCACACUGGGCCUCAACCUCUACCAGCCAGAAGGCACACACAUGUCCUCAUGUGGUCCAUUCGGAAAUGGACAAAGUGUGUUUAAUGUGACAGGAGUGUGUGUGGACAGCCUCCCAGGCCCGGCGCAGUCCACUCUCCGCUACCUGGCCUCAUCGGCCUUCGCCCUGCCGCUCAUACUUGCUGAGAUUCUAAUCUUAACCUCAUAUGUGUCACGGGGACGAGCCAAUCAGAAGGCCAUCGAGAGACUGAAAGAAAUGCUGGUGAUGAGCAGCUCUGAUAAGCGCUUCCUGGUGAAACAGCAUACCACAAUGCUCAGACGUCAGAGAAACCCCUGCAGAGUGCGUCCUGCUACCAUUGAAGAGAACCAACCACUGACUCCAUCGCAUGAAAACUAAUUCAAGUCUGUGGCUGAAAAAGUCAAGUGGCUGAAAAAAAAAGUGAAACUGGAACUCACUGUUCCAGUUACAUGAUAUGAAGAUAAGGUUGUGGUUGUAGCCUCUUUCUGCAAAGUUUUUAUUUUAACCUUAUGUUUAAAGGGAUUGUUUAAAGGGAUUGAACUCUUUUUUUAUCGUCCUUUUGUAACAGUGUUACAUUUUUUUCCAACUUUCAUUGUUACAGUAAAUUCAGAAUUCAUGCAAACGAAUGUUAUUAUAUCAUCAUUUAUAUGAUGUUCAAAGUAUUAAGUUGU